GCAGUGAGAAGCUAACAUUCACCGCCUGCGACCUUUGGCCAUCAUCUCUCGCUGCUGCGCAUGCUUAUAACAGUUUAGUUUGCAAGCCAUCGUUGUUUACACAGCGCACAGCCUGUAGUCUUCUCGGGGUUGCUGUCGCACUCCGACUCCCGCUUCUAUUUGCGAACGUCAGCCUUUUUGUUCUCUCACUGCCCGGUUCCGACAUUCGAUCACUGCGCACACUCUUGGUUCUGCUCGAAAGUGAACGCAAACGCUCUGACCGAACCGCCGCGGAACGGACAGUAACAACAUGGCUCAGUUCACACUCCCUCCGGAGAUUAUCCUCUUCAUAUUCGACGAGGUUGACCACAGUACAGCAAAGCGUAUGGUCGAAGUUUGCAGAGAAUGGCAUGGGAUACUAUUGCGACCGUUAUAUCAAGAUAUCUUACUGAAAAAUCCGGCGCGCUUUCUUGGGCUCUUCACCACGUUGACCCAGUUUCCGGAACGCCGCAAUUGGAUCGUCAGUUUGGUCCUCGAAACUCUCCCAGGCCCUGAGGAGGGCCCUGUCCUCUGGGGUUAUUCUGAUACGGCAUUGGCAACCGCCGUGCUUCGAAUGUGCGGACCUCAACUGGAGUUCGUAAAGCUUAAGCUUGAGAAUAAGAAGCUUGAUGUGCCGGAAGACGAAGAUAUACAGGAAGACGAAAGAGAAACUCACGAACAGCGGUUUCGUAUCUAUUGGGACGCCAGAACUGGUCUCCUACAGCUGAAACUCGGCGACACAAAUGGAAACCCGUAUUUGAUCAGUCUGGCUCUGGAUAUGAUGUUCCUAGUGAGCGGUGACAUUCGCGACCUUGAGAUUAUCAGUACUCAAUGGCCGGAGGUUGGAGAGUUCAACUUCCCGACGCUCCCGCCAAUGCCCAGGUUGGAACGAUUGCUGACGAUGUAUUCGAACGCAUUGCCCGUGUUUGCCAGGAUCAAGGAUGACGUGUGCCCGCUACUUCGCGAGGUUGUCGUAUUUGGGGACUGGCAGGAUAAUGCAGAAACGCCAUGGACGCUUCCAUCUAGCAUUCAACGUCUGCAAAUGCUGGCCUCUGACUGGCCGCCAUACUUUCCGCCAUGGACUCGGCGAGACGCCAACCGGCUUCUUCGGUACUUCUGGCAAGAUUCUGUGAUCAGAAGACAGGAAGAGGACCGUAGGGAGCCGUUCCUGCUCGAAGCUCUUGAAAAGUACAAUGGAGGCGGCAGACUCGAGAUUAUCUGCCUCAAAAAUCAGCUCACGUCCCCAGAAUUCAUGAAGAUGAAAGGAAUCAUAGAAAGCACGGGGAAGUUCGACCGAGUUGAAUUUGUCAAGCUCGAUAAGACGAAUGAAUUGGAAGAGCGUGCUAAUCGCGAGGAAAUGGGUGACAUUGAUUUCGAUUGAUGGGGAUGUCAACGGUGGACGACAAUAGGCGGCGCCUCGCGCCAACACCACGCUGCACUAAACUACACGACAGUCCUCGCAUUGGGCAUUGACUGGGUUACACUGGGCGGAAACGAGUUCGAUUUAGGUGCU